GCGUUGGCGGCGCAAAUACGGCUCGGAGCGUUGGGCCUGAGAGUCAUGCAAGCCCGAGGCUUCAGUUCGGACCAGUCGGAUAACCUCCAGGGAAGCGCGGGCUCCGUCAGGGAGGCCGGCGGGGCCUUCGGAAAAAGAGAAGCGGCUGAAGAAGAGCGAUACUUCCGAGCACAGGCUAAAGAACAGCUGGCAGCCUUGAAAAAACACCAUGAAGAUGAGAUCAUACAUUCUAAGAAGGAGAUUGAGCGACUGCAGAAAGAAAUUGAUCGGCAUAAGCAGAAGAUAAAGAAACUAAAACAGGAUGAUGAUUAA